UCGUCUGAACUUACAACUUCAGAAUAGUCUUCUUAGGAACCCAUUGCUGAUUUGAUAACUGAUUCUAUUUUACUUGAACGUUCUCCUCUGCCAACAUGGAUCAGUUGAAAUUUUUACUUUCCCUAGCUACAGCUGUGCUAUUCUCCUCACAACUUAUAUCGACAGCUUUCGCCGCUCCAUUGCCGCAAGGAGACGGUCGUUGGGUAAACCCGUGUGGCGGUAGUACGCCCGUCUCAGGCUUAUCAUUAAAUCUUCCCACACCUCCGCCAAAACCAAUCAAUAUGGAACUGACCUCACUGAAACUGAUGGCUCAAACGGCAACCAGCCUCAGCGACGAGAUGACCUAUACUAUAAAACCCCGAAUUGGAUCCUCAAUAUGCUCAGAGCUCGAUGGGCAUGACCCCCUUCCGGGGUUCCCCGAUACAGGAGCGUCCUAUACUGCUGGGAUCAAGGCUGAGGACAUGCUCUUGAGAGAAGUUAAACGCUUGUCAAUGAUUGGGGUUUUCCUGGAGCAAGCAAGUAUGGAUACAUACGACUAUACGGACAAAAUCGAACAACUUGAAAACAAGUACGUCGAAAUGCUGUGUAAACUUCACAUCAUCUUGAAAGGCCUGAAGCAGGAAGUGACGACAGUCGUGUCACGUGACAUCAUGUCGAGCAAAUACAGGAAUCUUGAUCAAAUCGCUCAAAUCGACAUGAGGAACUACCUAAUCAUCAGAGACGCACAACGAAUCUUUGUCGCCAUAGCUGAAGGAGUGGAUAGUUACCUGGCGAACAACAAUUUGUAACUCUGCCCAAGCCCUUAAUUUAUUCAUGCCAUUGUUAAAUUAUUUUUUAUGUAUUUAUAUUCUUAAUUUAUUGAGGUAUCCAUGUACUUAAUUUAUUGAACCCAUUCCAUUCCAUUUAACCCUCCACAUGAAUUUGCAUAAUCUGUGUUAUUUGUCCUAUGUUGAGACAUGCCAUUCAACAUACAGAAAACUACGGAUAUAUCGAACUCAAAGGGAGCUCUAAUUCUAGUUCGUUAUAACGGUAAUUCGUAACAAACAUGUAUACAGUAUAUAUACAGCAAUUUGCCGAGACCAUAAACAACAGUUCGUUAUAUCCGUCAGUUCGUUAUAAACAUAGUUUACUGUCUUGUGAUCUUCAACUGUAUCCACUGCCGUCCAGUAUUGUUGUCCAUCACGUUUACCUACUUGAUGACGCAUCCUGAAUGUAUUCAUGCGAGUGAACACAUUCGAUUCAUUCGUUCAUGAACACGUUGCCAUGACUUGAUAUUGUAAAUAUCAGAAUAUUGUAUAUGGAAUCAAAACAAUUGUUUCAUGUCCCUCUCAAAACAUCCAAAUGGGGCCGAGCCUAUAUCAUAAAUUCAUAUUUAUAUUUUUGUUAAAAGGACGUUAAUCAACCAUCACAUCAAACGCUUUGUUAUAAAAUGUUUUAUCACUAGUAUAAUUAAUGAGUGGGCGGUCGAUGGCCUUGUGGCUAAAGCGUUUGCUCGUCACGGCGAAGACUCGUUUCGAUUCCCGACAUGGGUACAAUGUGUGAAACCCAUUUCUGGUGUCCCCUGCCGUGAUAUUGCUGGAAUAUUGCUAAAAGCGACGUAAUACCACACUCACUCACUCACCCACUCACUCACUCACUCACUAUCAUUACUGAUAUGGAUAUGGAUUUUGUCUCGAGAUUAGAUAUAUGUUUCAGCUACAGCUGGAAAAUAGAUAUUUUUAUAUAUUUAAGAACGUGUAAUCAGUUCCAAGUGUGUACACAUCAGUAUCUACAUUUCCAUUGAAUCAUUACGUGUUUUUCCUGAUGAAAUGUUAUACAAAUAUUUACAUGUCAUAAUUGGUUGUAAAUGUAUUUCAAACAUGUAUUAUUUAUAUAUUUAUACGUGAGAAAGUAAUUUAUUUCUUAUGUGGAGCAUGUGUGAGGAAGUAAUUUAUUUUAAAGUGAUGUAUGUAUGCGUGUACGCUGGAUAUGCUUGCUCCAUUGAAAACAUCAUAUUGCACUCGAGCAAUGGUCUCGUGUGAAAUUAUUUAUAUUUAUUGAAUUCAUCAUUUACUUGUCAUUUGCCACUUAGAUCUGACCAUUUGUGUUCAUUCUUCGAGAACGAUUCCUGCAGGUGCUACGUUUCCAAUACCUACCAUCGUUCCGCAGAGUAACCAUAUUCCAGGUGUGCAUUUGUAUCAGAUUGAAAAGCGGGUCUUUUCCUACCUUGUACUGUUUAUUGUUUAUUGAUUACGUAUUUGUUUGUGAAUUACAUCGAAAUCU